AUGAAUUGUGAUACCGACCAUUCGUUCGAUCUAUCGAACAUCCUCGACGAAGAAGACCUCCAAGUUAACGAUUUCAAUGAUAUUUCCCUCAAUGCUUCACCCAUCAAAAAGCCUUCGAAAAUUUCACAUAACGGCUCUCCCAUAAAGUCGGCGGCCUCCCUUAAUAUGAACAGCUUUCCUGACCUCCGAAUCCUGCCCAACGAGCUCUUCCAAGUGACCCAUCAUCUCCGAUCUCAUGAACGGAUAGAUGAGCCCGAGAGGGCUCUCAAGAACGAUAAGAUCGAGAAACUCCUCAAUGAGCUUGAGGACGAGAACGGCGACUUUGAACUAGAUCAUCAGCUUCGAACCCGUGUGUUCCGUGCUCGUUUGAAGAAGCAGCCAGUCGCUGACACGUUGGACAUGAAACUAGACUCUUUCCUACAAGACAGACCAAUGGAAAGUUUACCGAACAAACGGAGCUCAAAGAGGUCCAACGAUGAAAAUAAGGAGAACAGCACGCCAAGUCGUCAUAGCAAGAAGCCUAGGCUAUCUGACAGGCCAAGAAAGAGUCUAUCAUCGAUACCUUCUCUUCAGCCAUUGAACAACGUUACCGAAUCCAACACGAGAAACCUAGUACGUUCACCUCAGCGUAUAUGUGUUCCAAAGAAUCUGACGCCGCGGAGGCCAUGUUUCAAGAAACUGCAGCGACUGCCAGUUCAGAUAUAUAUGGUUGAGUCACUGACAGGUCUUGUGAACGACGCAACACAAUUCGGUACCGAGCUUAAUGCUUCUAAUUGCGAAGGGUUUCUCAUGCCUGACAACGUCAACGAAAUCGUUCAGAUACCGACUAAUGAGGUGGGGCCACAAGCAAAGAAGAAGUUGGCCAUUAUCAAAGCGCACCACAGUAAGAGGUUUUCCCAAGGUAACCUCGAAGGCAGCCUUCUGGUGGGUGACGAAUCAAGCUCAGGCUUCUACCUGAAACAGGAGUUUGAUGAUUACAGAGCUUUGAGACCGCAAAGCCAAGUGCAAGUGCACAGAGACACCAAAGCCGUUAGAUGGGCUGACGAACUAGAGUGGUAA